CCCCAACCAUCAUAUUACUUUCUCUACCUCUGGGAGACUCGGACUCGCGGCGUUUGUUUUCUUUCAGCUUCAAGGAGGGGGCGCGCGGAUAGCACCGGUGCACCGGCAUGGACGCUGACCACGAGCGCCGGCGUCCCGAGCAGGGCGCUCUGAGGAGGCCGCUUUUAGCCGACGACGAGGCAUCUUCCUCAAAUCAGAGCCUGGUAUCUCAGGAAGAUCGGGGACAAGAGGUGGCUGAGGUGCAGAAGGUUGAGAGCUGCUCCAACAAGGCACUGAUAAUCAUCUUGAGCCUGCAAUUCUUGGAAAUCACUGCCUUCUACGGGGUCUACCUGAACCUGAUAGUGUAUCUUCAGGACGUUCUUCAUGGCGACAGUGCUUCGAACGUGGCGACGGUCAGUUCUUGGGUCGGAACUGCCUACCUCAUGCCCAUCCUCGGCGCCGCCGUCGCCGACUCUUGCUGGGGAAAGUACACGACGGUGUUGGCCGGCUUCUCCAUAGCUCUCGUCGGCAUGGUCACCAUCACCGCGUCGGCCACGCUGCCGUCUCUGAGACCGCCGUCGUGCGGGCAGAGCGCCUACUGCGUCCCGGCGACGCUCAGCCAGAAGCUGGUCUUCUUCACGGGCAUAUACCUCUGCGCCCUCGGGAUCGGCGGCGCGAAGGCCGUGCUGAUCGCGUUCGGGCCGGAGCAGCUCGACGACGACGACGGCGGCGGCAAGAACGAGCGGGUGCGGGAGAGGAAGGCGUCCUACUUCAGCUGGUACUACGCGGUGGCCAACGUGGGCAUGCUCACGGCGGGGACGAUGCUGGUUUGGUUCGAGGACAACGUGAGCUGGGGGUUCGGGUACGGCCUGUGCGCGUCGUUCGUCGCGGUCGCGGUCGUCGUCCUCGCCGCGACAGCGCCCAUGUACCGGAUCCUGCCCCCGGCGGGCAGCCCGUUGAAGAGUGUGAUCCAAGUGCUUGUGGCGUUCUCUCACAAGGCUAAAUUGACUUUGCCGGACGAUCCAACUGAACUGUACGAGGACGACGGCGUCAAGAACUCGUUGCAGCAUCCGGUGCACGAACGAUUAGAGCACACCAACCAAUUCAGGUGUUUGGACAAGGCUGCCAUUGUCAGCGACGAGGAUCUGGAAGACGGCGACAGGUGGAGGCUGUGCACGGUGUCCCAGGUGGAGGAGGUCAAGAUUCUGCUGCGGUUGAUCCCGAUAUGGCUCACGUCGGCGGUCUACUUCAUCGCGAACACGCAGGCUCAGACCACGUUCGUGCAGCAGGGCACCAAGACGGACGGCCGGAUCGCGCGCGGCGCAUUCUCCGUCCCGGCCGCGUCGCUGUCGUCCUUCCAGAUGGCGUUCGUCGCCGUCUUCGUCACGCUCUACAACAGGGCCGUGAUGCCCGCGGCGCGCCGGUGCCUCGGCCGCGCCGUGGCGUUCACGCCGCUGCAGCUCAUGGGGUUCGGCCACGCGACGGCGGUCGUCGCGGUGGGCGUGGCCGCGUGCACCGAGGCGCGCCGGCUGCACGCGGCCAGGGCCGGGGCGCCCGCCAUGGGCAUCGCGUGGCUGCUGCCGCAGUACCUCGUGAUGGCCGCCUCCGACGCGUCGCUCACCGUCGGGCAGCUGGAGUUCUUCUACGACCAGUCGCCGGAGACGAUGCGGAGCGCGUCGACGGCGUUCUACUUCCUCGCCAUAUCGCUCGGGAACCUGCUCAACUCUCAGCUGGUGACUCUGGUGGCGAAGGUGACCGCGGUAUGGGGCAAUGCAGGGUGGUUUCCACUGGACUUGGAUGACGGUCACCUGGAUUACUUCUUCCUGCUCAUCGUGGCCAUCACCGCGGUGAACUUCGCAGUUUACGUCGCCCUCGCCAAGAACUACACGCCAAAGAAGGUUAGGUAGGGAUUAUACUUGACAUUCGCUUGUGUCAGAACAACAGAAAAAUGCUUUGACGACGGGAUGCAGAACAUGCGCCGGCGAAGGGGCUCGACGGCCGUCGUCGUCCGCCACUCCGCGUCGAGCACCUGAAAUGGCAAGUGAAUGGUCUUGCAAUAAACAGCCAUAGGAGGGCCUUAUAUGUAAAGAAACAUAGUACAUAGGCAAAAACAUGGGCCUAAUUUUAAUGGGCCGAUUUGGACAGAUUGACUAUCUGUGGGCUGUACCCUCAAUUUGUUGGGCCAGCAUGGAUCGACAUCACUGGCAGCGAUCCAGAUUUGAUGGGCCAA